AUGACCAGCUCGGCUCAACUUCAUUCUUCGCUCUCCCUCUGCCUUCGCCGUUGUUUCUCGGUGUCAACCACAUUGGCAAGCAGCUCAUCUGCAACAUCCGUCCCCGCGCACCCUCCCAGGCCGGUGAUCAAUUAUAACCGGAUUAUGUCGAACAGGAAUGCGUGUGCAAAGAAUCUGGUUGACCGGAAGUCACAUCUGACGCCGGACGCGAUUGAGGACGUGGCUAGAGAUGGGCCCGGCGCAUCCGGAUAUCCGUUCGGAUUCAGAUAUCCCCUCACGUUUUCAGCCAAAUCAGACAUCCGCAUCCCCUGGCGGAUACCCGCUGGCCCUGGCGGGUAUCCGCGCGGAUACCCGCGGAUAUCCGCCCCAAAAAUGACCCCCAGGCUGCAAAAUGAAAGUUUCUUGGGGAAAUUUCAGAUGCAGAAAGCUGCAUAA